AUGGUGGCCUCAUACCUCCACCGCCUCCCAGCUCUGGAGUGGCUAGACCUGUCGGGGAACCACUUGACCUGUCUGGCAAAUGGCAUCUUCCAGGGGGUGCCCCGGCUGAGGGAACUUCACUUGAGGCGCAACUCCCUUGUUGAGAUCGAGGAAGGGGCCUUGUCCCAGCUCAGGGCCCUGGAGGUCCUCGACUUGUCCAUGAAUUCCCUCCACUGCAUCGCAGGCUUCGGCCUAGCCCAGCUGCGGGUCCUGAACCUUAGCUACAAUGCACUGGAGUCCUUCGACGGGGCAGGAGAAGAGGCCCCCUGCCGCCUCCAUGCCUUGGACUUGAGCCACAACCGGCUGAAUGCCCUCCCGCUGCUCCCCAGGAGGAACCGGCUUCGGUACCUCAAUCUCUCCCACAACGCCAUCACCACAGGGGCUAACGAGAGCCAUAACGUCACACCUCAGAAUGUCUCUCAGAGCUUUGCAAAACUGAUGGACCUGAAUCUCAGCAGCAACCGCCUGGGAUCAUUCCCAGUUGCGCUUCUUCGUGGCUUGGCUUCCCUCCGGACUCUAAGCCUGGCGAGGAAUUGCCUCAGCGACGUUGCCAUGGAGCUGCCCACGAAUCACAGUUCACCAGGUCCCAUUGCCGACAGGGCAUGGCAAAAACAAACCUCACUGUCCGUACGGAUGCUGGACCUCCAAGGGAACUCCAUCAGCCACUUGCCGCCACGUUUUUUCCACCUGCUUCCUGACCUGGAGCUGAUGGACCUUGGCCUCAACCGCAUCCAUCUCUGUCGAGCACGGAACUCCUCCAAGGGAGAGUGCCUCCACGCCAAAACAGAGGACUGCACUACCUUCCACUGCCUUCCACAGCUCAGGCACCUCAGCUUACGUGGGAACAACCUCGGGCUGGUGCACGGAUGCCUGUUCCACCGAACACCCUUGGCCUCCCUAGAUCUAUCAGAGAACCAGGGCCUGGUCCUGCCCAGUUAUGCUUUGGAGGGUCUGGAAGCAUCUUUGCAGGAGCUCUUUUUGAGAGGGAACCGAAUGAAGACCGCCAGCCUGGAUUUCCCUUGCCUGGUGUCCCUGAGGAUGCUGGACAUGUCAGGGAAUGACCUGAGUGCCAUCCCUCCCAGCUUGCUUUGCUCCCCACUGGAGAAGCUGGACAUCCAAGGAAACCAGCUGGAGAGCAUAGAAGAAGCUGCAGCAAAGCAGUUAAGAAGGAGCCUCCGGGCUUUGUCUGUGGCUGGAAACCCCUUCAGCUGCUGCGAGCUAAAGUGGCUGCAAACCCUGAGCAGUUCCGUGCUGGACUUGGGUGAGACGCUGUGUUAUUACCGCAAUGGGGAUGAAAGCUUCACAACUCAAAUCAGUGAUGCACAGGCUGGGCAGCUUUGCCCUCGUAAUGCGCACAAGGUCUAUCUGGCUGUAACUGCAUUUUUGGUGUGCACUGUGGGCCUCCUCUGCGCCAGUGUGGGCUGGUUCCUGAAAAGGGCUAAGACCUGCAUGUCACUCUGUCUGGGCUCCCUAAGAAACAAAGUGGAGCCUGCUCCAUCUCCAAGCAAGGAAGCCAACUCUACAAUUUUAUAA